AUGUCUUCUGCCAACAUCAAGACUGCUGGCGACUGGACCAAAGGCUCGGCCGCUAGACCAGCCGGGUUUCCGCAGACUCCAAUGACGGCCACUUUUGGGCCGGGCCACGGAAGAGCCGGAGAGCAUCCUGUCAGACAGCCCAAGGGGCCGCCCCUUCUGCAAGAGCUCGAGGAGAAGCCAACCUCCAAGCACGAGGGGAGCAAGAAUUUCGCUACUCGACAACGCCGUAGAGCUGUUCACGACUUGGUUCGUGCAGGGCGUGAGCGCCGCAGUGAUGGUGGUCGUCAACCCGGCUCCGGGGCAGGAACACCUGGUAGCGAGAACGAGUUCAACUUCUCAGUGUCGUCCGAUGACUCUGUUCUUGCUGGGAGCAGUAGCCUCUCGAGCAAGCCGAGCCUGGGUAGUCUCCGGGCUGCUGCUAGCGGGGUUAUUGGGUCUGAGAUCAAGGAGAAGUCUCGUGAACGGUCUUCUGUUGACAGCGUUGGAGCGAUCAGUGCUAAGAGCUUGAGUAGCGAUGAAGGCAACUCUGUUGGAGGAUCUAUUGUCGAGAUUGAGCCGGCCAGACGCAACACGCCAUUGAUGGUUCUCAGUAGCGCUGAGAAACGCAAGAGCGUCGUCAUGUGA